GUAACCGCUGCUGCGAGGAGCCCGAUGGUGCGUGGCGGCCAGGCGGCUGCAAGAGCACUCGGCCCGGGUCGCCCCUGCUGAGCCGCGUCGGGCCCGUGAGGACGCCCGCCGGGCCACCAUGGGCUCCUUGUUCCGGAGCGAAAGCAUGUGCCUGGCGCAGCUCUUCCUGCAGUCGGGCACGGCCUACGAGUGCCUCAGCGCGCUGGGCGAGAAGGGCCUGGUCCAGUUCCGAGACCUCAACCAGAAUGUAAGUUCUUUUCAAAGAAAAUUUGUUGGUGAGGUAAAGAGGUGUGAAGAACUAGAACGAAUACUGGUGUAUCUGGUACAGGAAAUUACCAGAGCUGAUAUUCCCCUGCCUGAGGGAGAGGCCAGUCCUCCUGCACCACCUCUUAAGCAGGUUCUGGAGAUGCAGGAGCAGUUACAGAAGCUUGAGGUAGAGCUGAGAGAAGUCACCAAGAACAAGGAGAAACUGAGGAAAAACCUACUGGAACUGACUGAGUACACUCACAUGCUAAGGGUGACGAAAACCUUUGUUAGACGAAACGUUGAGUUUGAACCGACAUAUGAAGAAUUUCCCACCUUAGAAAAUGAUUCUUUGUUGGACUACAGCUGUAUGCAGAGACUGGGAGCAAAACUGGGAUUUGUGUCUGGCUUGAUUCACCAAGGAAAAGUAGAAGCAUUUGAGAAAAUGCUCUGGCGGGUAUGCAAAGGGUACACCAUCGUGACUUAUGCAGAGCUGGAUGAGUGCCUUGAAGACCCUGAGACAGGAGAAGUCAUAAAGUGGUGUGUGUUCCUGAUAUCCUUUUGGGGGGAACAGAUUGGCCAUAAAGUUAAGAAGAUUUGUGACUGUUAUCACUGCCAUGUCUACCCAUAUCCAAAUACUGCUGAGGAACGGAAGGAGAUUCAGGAGGGGCUCAACACUCGGAUUCAAGAUCUAUACACUGUGCUUCACAAAACUGAGGAUUACUUAAGGCAAGUGCUUUGUAAAGCUGCCGAAUCAGUAUAUAGCCACGUCAUUCAGGUGAAGAAGAUGAAAGCCAUUUACCACAUGCUGAACAUGUGCAGCUUUGAUGUGACCAACAAGUGCCUCAUCGCUGAGGUCUGGUGUCCUGAAGCUGAUCUGCCAGGCCUGCGCCGAGCACUGGAGGAAGGCUCUAGAGAGAGCGGUGCUACGAUUCCCUCAUUUAUGAACACAAUCCCCACAAAAGAAACACCACCAACCCUAAUCCGUACCAACAAGUUCACCGAGGGCUUUCAGAACAUUGUGGAUGCCUAUGGCGUUGGAAGCUACAGAGAAGUGAAUCCAGCUCUCUUCACCAUUAUCACAUUCCCAUUUCUCUUUGCUGUGAUGUUUGGAGACUUUGGACACGGCUUUGUGAUGUUCUUAUUUGCUCUCUUGCUGGUGUUGAAUGAAAAUCACCCCAGACUCAGCCAGUCACAGGAGAUCAUGAGGAUGUUCUUUAAUGGCCGCUACAUCCUCCUGCUGAUGGGGAUAUUCUCAGUAUACACUGGCCUCAUCUAUAAUGACUGCUUCUCCAAGUCCGUGAACCUGUUUGGCUCUGGGUGGAAUGUAUCUGCCAUGUACAGUGCCAGCCACUCUCCUGAAGAGCAAGGGAAAAUGGUGCUUUGGAAUGACAGCGUGGUUAGGAACAGCAAGACUUUGCAGUUGAAUCCUAGUAUCCCUGGAGUGUUCCAAGGCCCUUAUCCUUUUGGCAUUGAUCCUAUUUGGAACCUGGCCACAAAUCGCCUCACUUUCCUAAAUUCCUUCAAGAUGAAAAUGUCUGUGAUUUUAGGAAUUAUUCACAUGACUUUUGGUGUCAUUCUGGGAAUAUUUAAUCACUUGCACUUCAGGAGGAAGUUCAACAUCUAUCUGGUCUCUGUACCAGAACUUCUCUUCAUGCUGUGCAUUUUUGGGUACCUCAUCUUCAUGAUUGUCUACAAGUGGCUGGCAUAUGGGGCAGACACCUCUAGAGAGGCACCCAGCAUCCUGAUUGAGUUCAUUAACAUGUUUCUGUUCCCAACCAGUGGAAUAUCUGGACUCUACCCAGGGCAGGAGCAUGUCCAGAGAGUGUUGCUGGUUGUCACUGCACUGUCCAUCCCUGUCCUCUUCUUGGGAAAGCCGUUCUUCCUGCUGUGGUUGCACAAUGGCCGCAACUGCUUUGGCAUGAGCCGGAGUGGCUACACACUUGUAAGGAAGGACAGCGAGGAAGAUGUUUCUUUGCUGGGAAAUCAGGAUAUAGAAGAGGGCAGUGGCCAGAUGGAUGAUGGAUGCAGAGAAAUGACAAGUGAAGAGUUCAACUUUGGGGAGAUCCUGAUGACCCAGGUGAUCCAUUCCAUUGAGUACUGCCUUGGUUGCAUCUCCAACACUGCUUCCUACCUGAGGCUCUGGGCGCUCAGCUUGGCACAUGCACAGUUGUCUGACGUGCUCUGGGCCAUGCUGAUGCGUGUGGGCCUUCGUGUGGACACUACCUAUGGGGUGCUGCUGCUGCUUCCUGUGAUGGCUCUCUUUGCUGUUUUGACAAUUUUUAUCCUCUUGAUCAUGGAAGGGCUUUCUGCAUUCCUUCACGCCAUACGCCUCCAUUGGGUGGAAUUUCAGAACAAAUUCUACGUUGGUGCAGGCACCAAAUUUGUUCCAUUCUCGUUCAGUCUGCUUUCUUCCAAGUUCAAUAAUGACGACAGCAUGGCAUGAUCAUAUUGCUGGAACAACACUCUUCCAGAUUCUUAGAGCAUUAUCAUGUUACCAAUCUCACUAAUGUCAGAUUUAUGAUAGGAAAAAUUCCAUUGUCAUUGAUUGCCUUAUGACAUAGCCAAAUAAUUCUGUAAGAUAUACCUCUUCCUCAUGUUAGAUAAUUUGUAAAGUUUACCAUUUUCAGACAUAGAAAUUUCUUUGGUUUUUAUUCUGAGUAAAUAUAAGUUAAUGCCAAGUGUUAUGUUAAAGUUACUUUUUUAAAUACAGGAUUGGAGGACAAAAGCUCAUUUUGAAAGGCUAACUAAAAAUAGUCUCAGCAUUUGACUCCUGUUAACCCUUAUUACAAAUAGGAAGCUACUCGGCUCCAUGAAUGUAUCAGACCCAGUUUCCCAGCAGCUAAUGCUGGAUAUCAGAGGAGUCACAUGUACUCUGCUUGAUCAGGAAUAUGCAAAUGCUUUUUUUGUAUCCUACCUUAAUUUACCAGGAGAAAGCUCUUUCUAUGAUUUGUCUCAUUUUAGUAAUGGGGGAAAUGGGAUAAAACAACAUUACCAGUGAUUAUCCUACUUUGUAUAUUUUUAAAGACUCUCUGUUAUCCUUACAUAAAACCAAUCAUGAUGAUUGUGUGUUUGGGAAGAUAAACUCUUCUGAGCCUUAAACUCACUGUGACUGCAGAAGAUGGAACAUGGGCAUGGUAUGAACGCCGUGACCAGCUUCUUGGUAUUGCUGAACUGGAACCAUUUAUACCUGGGGGAAGAAAUGGAAAAAAUGAAUAUUUGUAUAUUUUUAUAGUAAAAUAUAAGUUAUUUUACCACAGAGAUUGCACUUACCCUUGAGGACAGUAUAAUUUUUUUACUUUUAAAUAAUAUUGUAAAUAAAGGUCUGAGAAAGUUAAACUUUCAAGCAUUGUUCAGACCAGCUGAAAACUCAUUUUCUUUAAUACUUAUACUCUUGAAUAUAAAGUCAUCUAUUCUUGUGGCAUUAAUUUCAAAUUAAUUUGAGUCAGCCCCACUGAAAAAUUUGAUCUAGUCUAUAUUGUAAGUUAUGUUCAUUUUUCACAUUUUAUGUUAAGUGAUUUUAGAUGAUUAUUUUCAAAAAGAAGUAUGCUAUUUUCCCUAUCAUGAAAUGUAACACAUCAAUUAAUACUAAGUACUGUUUGCUCCCUGCUCCUUCACCUGUGUCAUAGAAAGCCAAGGUUCUGGUGGUUCUGACUUGAAGCCGCAUCUGGACUUUAUGCUUUCUGGGCAGCAUCUUUUGUGAAGUAGCUGGACUCUGAAAUCCAGCAUCCAAUGACAGAAAGAUUCUCAGUUAUGCUGGAUCAAUGUCACCUAAAGGCCAGCUGGAUGCACUGUUUGUUGAGUCCUUCAGCAUUGUUUGUGUUUUUUCUUUCAUUUUUUUGAGGUAAGGUCUCACUGUAGCCCAGGAUGACCUGGAAUUCACUAUGUAGUCUCAGUGUGGCCUUGAACUCACAGUGAUUCUCCUACCUCUGCCUCCCUAGUGCUGGGAUUAAAGGUGUACACCAUCACGCCCAGCCUCCUUCAGGGUUUUUAUCCAUCUAUGCUUAUAGAUGGUGCUGAUGAAACUCCUGAGGAAGAUUCUGCUCAAAAGUUCAGUCUCCCUGUCAGUAUGAGGCAGAGCUCACCCGCCAGGUAGAUAUGCAAUUAGGUGAUGCUUCUCUCCCGCUGUUGAUGUUGCCCCAAAUUAUUCCUCCUGUUACUCAACUCCUGAACUGUUGGAAACUUUUUCCUGAGGGGAAGAUGUUAACACUAGACUCUCAACCCCAGAUAGGGCACAGGCAACAGACCAAAAUACAAUUGUAUCAAAGCCAGUUUUAUUAAAAAAAAAAAUUAUUAUUAUUA